CCGACUUUGAUGAAAUUUAAUCCGUAAAUCGGAAAUAUUUAACCAUUACUAAAUGUCGAAGAACUAAACAAAAAAAUAAAAAACAGAAAAGUUAUAAUUUUUUUUCAUUUAUUUUUCCGAUUGUUCCUAUGGGAGCUAUAUGCUAUAGUCGUCCGAUCCGGCUCGUUCCGACUUAUAUACUACCUGCAAUAGAAAGACAACUUUUGGGAAAGUUUCAUGCAGAUAGCUUUAAAACUGAGAGACUAGUUUGCAUAUAAACGGACGGACAGACGGACAGACGGACAUGGCUAGAUCGACUCUACUAGUGAUGCUGAUCAAGAAUAUAUAUACUUUAUAGGGUCGGAAACGUCUCCUUCACUGCGUUGCAAACUUCUGACUGAAAUUAUAAUACCCUCUGCAAGGGUAUAAAAACAAACAAACAUGAUGCAUGAAUUUUGCGCCGUUUGCCUUGGCAAACUUCGUCGGCAGGUUAACACCCCGUGCAAACACACAUUUUGCAAGAAUUGUCUCUGCAAGGUCUACGAUCGGAGCCCCACCAAAGCGUGUCCCCUCUGCCGGGCGCCCUUAGAGUACUACAUCAUCCAGAGGAACAACACUCUAAAACUAGUUUUCUUUUCAUAAAAAUGUAAUUGUUUUAGUACCAUAUCUUCUGUUCUGUUGACUGUUUUAAAUUGUUAACAAGUUGUGUUAAAAAACCUGUUAGUUUUUUUGUUUGAUUUAUGCGUGCACUCUAUAAAGUAAUUCAAACGAGUGUUUAAUGAAUCCCCGCUCAA